UGGGCGGAGUCAACUUCCAGCCACGCCUAAUUAGAACGUUCUAGAAGCAUGAUGUGACAAGAGGAACUCUCCUGUACUUGUAUGCUCAGGAAGUGUCUUGGGAGUUGGGAUUGACAUGGAGAAAGAGGAUGCUGAUUGUCUGAUGAUGUAGCAGAAGCCCCGCCUCCCAGGUGUUAGCAAAGUGAGCGCUUUUUAGCAGGAAGUUUAUUAAAUUGAUGACAAGUCGUGACGAUACUUCAUUUGUUGUUUUUGCCGACUUUUAAUGAAAAGCCUUGAAGUUUAAAAUUUGGACUUUUCAGGUAUUUUGCUGCUUUUAUUUUGAAAUCUCUCCCGAGAAGUAACAGCUGAUGUCGCCAUGGAAGACCUCCCCUGUCUCUUAGCCAGCGUCCCCUUCUAGAACCUUCCCGCUGAGGCUUCGCACGCUGUGCUCAGACUGCUAAUGCGGCGCUGCAGCGUUGCCAUGGUAACCGAGCAGCGGCCUUCCAGUGGGAGUGACAGUAGGCGGGACGGCGACGUGCUACGGCCCUGGCGGGACGGGACGCUGACAGACGACCGCAUGCACGCACUUAACGUGUACGCGCUUCCGCUCAAGGUUGACGAGAGACAAACACAGGAAGUUACAUUACAAGUUACGUGUUUUGCUGAGAGUUCGCCCCCUGCUGGACGCGAACGAGCAUGCGCCUGAAAGGUUGACACACGCGCACACAUGCUUGAUGGUGAGGAAUGAUUAAUGAAGAAGAAUAGCAGACAUGUUGAAGAUGACUCGGGUUUCCACACGUCCAAAACGGCAGUGAUUACCGUUAGCCUCUGAAGACUUCAGGGAGUGCGCGUGUCCCUGUCUGUUGACCACGCCCACCGCUGAUGUCACAACCCAACUGACCACGCCCCCUCACUAGUUAAGUAAAAAAACCACACCUCAGCUGCAGUUAAAAGUCCCCCCCCCGUCUGCCCCCAAAGCAUCAUGGGUAACAUGGUCCAGUGCUGCCACAUGCUCUCAGGGUUCUGUAAGUGUAAGGAUGAGCCAUCAGGGGGAAUGGCCGAGAGGUCUCCCCUGCUGUCCAGCCCAGACAGCGACCACAGCUCCACCUCCACAACCACGCCUGCUGACUCGGAGGACGACAUCCUCACCGUUUCCACCAACAUCCCAGAUGCAGCUCACCCUGAGCACUUCCUCUACCCGGACAUUGUCCUGAGCAGUCACCUUGAGGGGGACGCCACCAUGGUGGAACCCAUGGUGUGUCUGCUGGUGUCUGAGGAGGAGGAGGGGAAACGGACGGAGGUGGAGACACAAACGCAGCACGAGCCACAGGUGGGGUUGGCAGUCCACACGGCGACUGUAGUCGAGAAGGUGACACAGGAGAUCUUCAUGGUGCAAGAAGAUCAUGACGAUGCUAACAGAAGGUUAGCUUGCAAGACAACAGCAGUGAGUUUGUGGUCUGAAGAUGUGCCAGGAGCGGGUGCAAAGGACAUCAGUAAAGAAGAAAAGGUAGACACUCACAGAGACCACAAGACAGGAAAAGAGCAGAGAUCUUUCCUUUUACAGUCCAAGACCCAAACAUCACAUGAGGAGGUGGCCAGAGCUGAGCAGAGGUUGCCAGCAGAAGAUGCGGACGACGACAUCAUCAACCUUCAAGAGAUGACCUUCACUGUCAGGAUUCAACCUCCUAGAUCAGACAUCUUAGAGCUUCAGGUGUUAGGCCAGAUGUCUGUGGCAGAGCUUCAGCAGAUGUUGAUGGAUCAUGACCUGACCUGCCAUCGCACGUGCUUCUCUCUCCGUCUGAACAACACCGUGCUGGACCCUGCCAAGCAGCUGAGCUCCUUCGAGGGUCUCCGUGGAGGCAUGGUCAAGGUGGUAGAAGAGAGUUACUCCGUACGGGAUGCUCGCUUCCAUCUGAGGCGCGUCCAGGAGCUUCUGAGGAGCCUGGACCCCACAGAGGCCUUCAAUGGAGCUAAUGGACGCUCUGUGUCUCACCUCACCUGCUUUACCCGAGAUAGGAGCAUGGAUGGUAACAAUAAGGGAUCCAGGUGGGCUCCUCCUGACUUCCUUCUUCCUGGAGGCCUCGAACGCCCUCUUCUUCCUCUGCAUCCUGUCCACAACGACUCCAAGCAUCUCCAUUGUGUGAGGGUGUUGACAUACAGCAGCUGGAACCCUCCUCCAGGGUUCAGGAAGAUGCAUGGAGACCUGAUGUAUCUCCAUGCUGUGACCAUGGAGGGACAAGAAGUCAACAUCACGUCAUCCACACGCGGCUUCCAUCUCAACCAGUCAACGGCUUUCACCUUCAACCCCAAACCCGCACUUCCCACAAUCCUUUGCCACUCAUUAGUGGAGCUGUUGAGUCAGGUCAGUCCUGCCUUCAAGAAGAACUUCAGCAGUCUGCAGAAGUGCAGGAUCCAGCAGCAUCCUUUUGAGCGGAUGGUUGCACCUUUCCCAGUGUUCACCUGGAUGGCCCCUCAUGAAGACCACAGUAGGGAAUGCAUCAGGGUAGAAGAUGUCCACGGCAGUCGCGUAGGCCAAGAUCAGCACAUGGCCGGACAGAGUCGUGACUGGAACGAGGAGUUGCAGAGAGCGAGAGAACUUCCUAGAAACUCCCCACAGGACUGUCUACAUCGAGAAAGGGUCCUAUUCAAGACCAACAGAGACUUUGUAGAAGCUUCCAGAAAAGGAGCAGUGGCAGUUGUUGACGGUCACGUCAUGCCGCUGAACCCGGGCGAGCCUCCUCACAUGCAGGUGUUCAUCUGGAACAACAUCUUCUUCAGCCUGGCCCGUGACAUAGCGCAGCACUACAGACCACUAGGGGGCGACGCUGCCGCACACGCUGCUGCCAGCUGUGACCUGAGAGGAGUUCAGGCGUACACCUCUGUAGACACAGAUGGUCUACACACUCUUGGGGCAGCGGUGGUGGACUAUCGUGGAUUCCGUGUCAUCGCCCAGACGAUUGUUCCUGGGAUUCUGGAGAAGAACCAGGAGCAAAGCGUCCUAUAUGGUUCUACUGACCAUGGCAAAACUAUUAUGACGCACCCGAGGUUUGUGCAGCUUCUGGAAAAAGCCAGCAAACCUCUAAGAGUCCAACCCCACAAGGUGCUGGACCAGGAUGACACCCCAGUUGAACUCUAUUCUGGCGUGGAAACUAAAGGCAUUCUGGGUAAUGAUGGCAGACACUAUAUCUUGGACCUUCUGAGGACCUUCCCUGCGGACCUUAACUUCCAGUAUUCAGAGGAAACACAAGUCAACAUGGAGGAGGUUCCAAAGGAAUGCCAGAGCUUUGGUUAUCCCCAGCGACAUCAUCACAGCCUGGCCAACCUGAGACCAGAACUGAUGGACGCCUUUGUCCAGCACAGGUGUGACAGGAAUCGCAAGAUGGCGGGAAAGCAUCAGGAAGGAGGGGCCUCAGAGUGGGAAGAACCUCUUGACAACCGAAAAGACACAAAUCAUGACAGAGGAUCAGUGAGCGACUUUGACAUCCGCUUCAACCCUGACCUCUGCUCCCCAGGUGUCCGCUUUGUGCCUGCUGAGGACCUCAACUGUCAGCGUCGCCUGCUUUGGGACGCUGCUGCUUUUCUUCUCUCCAGCCAGAUUCCACUUGUGCUGCAGGACUGUCUGGACCACCGCAUGGCGCCAAUGGAUGGAUUGACUCUGACAUCAGUGCUUCAUCAGCGGGGCGUGAACGUUCGUUAUUUGGGAACCUUGCUUAGGCAGCUGGACAAGAUGGAGGACAGCCGGAAACACCAUCAUGUCCAGAGGGUGUGUGUCAGCGACAUGGUCACCCGAAGUGCGAAGCACGUCUUCAGGACGUAUCUUCAGGAAGUGGAACAUGCGACUCUCUCUGCUGCCGUCAGCCACUUCCUCAACUGUCUCCUCAUGUCCUCCACGCUCGACUCCUCAGACCAGAUACUCUCUCGCCGCAGGAGUCGCCACCGCCACCGCAGCCACUGCAGACGAGCCGCGAGCGCAACCUGGGCCAGACUGACCCCAAGCGAGCUGUGGGUCAGCAUCAGGGCUGAUGCCGAGGACUACUACCACUACACACUGGAUAGGGCCGUCAUGGAGGACUAUGGUCUGCAGAGGGUCUCUUUGCUGAGAGAAUUCACCAUCAAGACUGGCGUUCAGGUGCGCAUGAGGGACUACACAUGGGAUUCUCGAAUGUGUGCCAUCUUUGGAGAGGAGGAUGUGGUCAACAUGUUGCCUGGGGUCAAGCAUGUCAAAUACACGGCUAGCAGCGCUACCUGGCUGUUGGAGCACGCCUAUGCAGCCGUGCAGCGCGGGCAUGUCAGUGCGGCCUUAGACUUGGUCAGCAAAGCUCUGACGCUCUUCACUAGUGUGUGUGGGGCCUUGCACGAGGACACGUGCACAUGCCUGCGUCUGCUGGGACGACUCAGCUACACGCUAGGACAGCAUGCACAUGCUGUUAGCCACCAGGAGAGGGCAGUGAUAAGCAGCGAGCGAAUACGAGGCGUCGAUCAUCCACAGACCAUACAUGACUACCAGACCCGGCUAGCGCUGUACUGCGUGGCUGCAGGCCAACACUGCACCUCUCUGCAUCUGCUGUAUCGUGCUCGCUACCUCACCCUGCUGGUGACCGGAGAUGAUCAUCCACACAUCGCACAGCUGGAUAGCAUGCUGGGUGUGGUCCUUCAUGGCCUGAUGGAGUUGAACCUCUCCUUGAAGUUCCUGCACAAUGCCUCAGUUCUCACCUCCAAGUACCAUGGUGCCACAUCCAUGAAGCACGCACACAGCCAUCAUCUUCUGGCCUUGCUGCACCACAGCAAAGGAGACUUUGAGUCAGCGCUACGACACGAGAGCCAGGCGUGUUCGAUAUACGAGACGCAGGUGAGUUUAAUGACGUCUAUGUCUCAUGGUCAGCCGUCUGUCACAUGCCCUUGGUGAAGGUGGGGGAGAUCCAUGAGAGGAGCAAGGAGAGCUCUGAUUACCUGACGGACCUGACUCAGCAGGCUGGGAGAAGCUUCAUGCAGGACAGCAAAUUGACUCCGCCUCCACAGUGCUUCCAUACGAUGCUUCAGCAUCUCAACGUGACCUGUG